GUCCCAGAAGGGAGCUGCAGUCUGAAGAGGAGACUGCGUCUCCCCUGGCCAGCCAAGAGAGGCCCUGGGGUCGCGCUGGGCGCCCGACGGGCCCUCCCCAGGGACCCGCCUGCCCCACACCGCCCCGCCUCGCCGGGCGCUCCGCAUCAGGUGCCCCGGCCCCAGCCCUGCCUGCGGGCUCCAGGCUCCUGGGGCGUCCAGAGGAUGCUCAGGCCACCUGCGGGGACCUCGGGGCAGCAGUGAGGUCCUCUCCUCCUGUGCCAGGGGCUCCCCCAGGGGGCCGAGCAUGGUGGUUUUCCCUUGGAACCUCCUGGCUUGGGACGUCUGAGAAGAUGCCUGCCAUGAGGCUGUUCACUUGCUUCCUGCAGCUCCUGGCUGGGCUGGCACUGCCCGCUGUGCCCCCCCAGCAGUGGGCCUUGUCUGCUGGGAAUGGCUCAUCAGAGGUGGAAGUGGUGCCCUUCCAGGAGGUGUGGGGCCGCAGCUACUGCCGGGCACUGGAGAGGUUGGUGGACAUCGUGUCAGAGUACCCCGGCGAGGUGGAGCACAUGUUCAGCCCAUCCUGCGUCUCCCUGCUGCGCUGCGCCGGGUGCUGUGGUGACGAGAAUCUGCACUGUGUGCCCGCAGAGACCGUCAAUGUUACCAUGCAGCUCCUGAAGAUCCACUCUGAGGACCGGCCCUCCUACGUGGAGCUGACGUUCUCUCAGCACAUCCGUUGCGAGUGCAGGCCUCUGUGGGAGAAGAUGAAGCCAGAAAGGUGCGGCCAUACUGUUCCCCGGAGGUAACCGGCCCCUCAGAGGAGAGACGUCUCACCCCCGGCUCCUGUAUUUAUUACGGCCACACUCAGUUACCUCCCUGCUGACACCUGCCCUCUAUUUAUUAGCCAGCUGUACCCCUGCUGAAUGACUCGCCCCCUCCACAAUGAGGGGCAUGGAGGGACAGGAGCCUCAGGAAUUCAGUGCCUUAAACAGAACGUGAGAGAAAGAAGGCAGCCCCAGACCCACGUGCGCUGCAGCUGGAGAAGGAGCAAGACCUACGGCUUCGUGAGGGCCCAGCGGGGCCCCAGCGGGUUUCCCCGCCCUGGGAAAGGGAGCGGGAACGGCCGCCGGGUCCCGGGCCUGGGGCUCCGCGUGCACAGGCAGCCCUGGCUUCGGGAGCUCCUGGCCGACCGACGUAGGGGUGGACGGGCCUGCUCUGGGGCCCUGGCCCAGGCUGGGGGGCGGGGGAGGGGGAGGCAGGCCGCAGGUGGAGGAGCCCUGGGGUGUCUUCCUCGCCUGGCAGUAGCUGGACUCCCUGCAGAGCCAAAAGCUCCGCUCCGGGGACCGGCGGUUGCCUGGGGGCCUCUGCCCCUGCUUGUCCCCUAGGUCUCUCUCCACGUCUUAAUCACUGCUCGCGCUGGGACAUUGUUCUUUACGGUCAAGGCAUCACCGCCUGCCCCUCUCAGGGACACAGGCAAAGAGGGGGCCUGUCCAUUGAGGCUGGACGUGGAGCCAGCUGCCCCUGACUGCGUCUGACCGCCAAGCCAGAUUCUCUUGAAUAAAGUAUUCUAGUCUGGAGACGGCUUUGCGGGGCGGCGCAUCUGCAGAGCACUGCAGAUCGCGGGAGCGGGGCGGGGAGGGGAAAAGGGGCGGCGCGCUCAGGGCCGGUCCCGCAGCGCCCUGCGGUGGUCCCUUCCCAGCUGCUUCGGGCAAAAGCCUGGGCUCCACUCCUGCCGCGCUGAGGGGUUCCCAAGACGUAACCUUGGUCUCGAAGUGAGGGCCCCUGGCCCCAGCCACCCGGAACAGCCUCAAAUUCAAGAGCACACUCCUCUUCCCCUGCCCCCAAGCCCCGCCCCCCACGCAACUCCAGUGCCUGCCCCCCCCACCCCGGACCCUGAGUGAAGGGGGGCUCCUGGGCUUCUCCCAGCCCUUGGAGGAGAUGUCCCAGCUGCAACACCCCCAGCCUGCUUGCGCGGCUGAGGGCGGGGAUCUGCAGAUGCCCGAUUUCUUCUUUUUACCUCCCAUCUUCCUCUGCCUUCCUCCUGGACACCUUGGCAUGAAAUGAGAAAAAGUUCCCUUUUUUUCUUUUUUCAGUCCAAACCGCAUACUGUCAGAUUUCCACCUGCCUGUGACCUGCAAGGCGCGCGUGUGUGUUUAUGUCGUGUGUGCUGCGGGCGGGGGACUUCCCCCUUUCUGUCAUCUGAGGCUGCUCAGGACAAACCCACAGGGACCCA